AAAAAAAUACGGUUGUCAAUUUAUUCUUGUCAAAGUUGUCAAAUAUCUGAAUAGAAAUAGAAAACGAAAACAGUGUAGUUGCAGUAUGUGAAAAUGGCUAGUUCUUCAAGGUAUGAGACGAAUAAGGUAUGUUGUAUUUCACAUCCAGAUGCACCAUUGAUAGAAGAUUACCGUGCUGGUGAUCAAAUAUGUUCUGAAUGUGGUUUAGUAGUUGGUGACAGAGUUAUUGAUGUUGGUUCUGAGUGGAGGACGUUCAGUAAUGAAAAAAAUGGGGUGGAUCCUUCACGUGUUGGAGGCCCAGAAAAUCCUUUACUUGGUGGAUCAGACUUAACGACAAUGAUAGGACCAGGAAGAGGUGAUGCAAGUUUUGAUUCGUUUGGUGUGGCCAGAUAUCAAAAUCGUAGAACUAUGAAUAGUUCAGAUAGAGCUCUCAUUAAUGCUUUCAAAGAAAUCAACGCAAUGGCAGAUCGCAUCAAUUUACCAAGAACUAUAGUGGAUAGAGCAAAUAAUCUUUUUAAACAGGUCCAUGAUGGUAGAAAUUUGAAAGGUCGAUCCAAUGACGCAAUAGCUUCAGCUUGUCUCUAUAUUGCUUGUCGCCAAGAAGGAGUACCACGUACUUUUAAGGAAAUUUGUGCUGUCAGUAAAAUCAGUAAAAGAGAAAUUGGUAGAUGCUUUAAGCUAAUUCUCAAAGCUCUGGAAACAUCAGUGGAUCUAAUUACCACUGGAGAUUUUAUGUCUCGAUUUUGUUCUAAUUUGGGAUUACCUAAUAUGGUACAAAGAGCUGCUACCCAUAUAGCACGAAAAGCUGUCGAGCUAGAUAUUGUACCUGGAAGAUCACCGAUAUCUGUUGCAGCAGCUGCUAUAUACAUGGCAUCUCAGGCAUCCGAGGACAAGAGAAGUCAGAAGGAAAUUGGAGAUAUUGCAGGUGUAGCUGAUGUGACUAUUAGACAGUCAUAUAAACUUAUGUAUCCACAUGCUGCAAACUUAUUCCCUCAAGAUUUUAAAUUCGCUACUCCUAUCGAGCAUUUACCACAAAUGUAAAAUUUCCAAAUUUAUUAGUAUUCGUUUAUUUUAAGAAAUAUUCUUACAUUUUUUUAGGUACACUUAAAUGUA